AUGUCCAUGAUGGUUAAGAUGAACUAUUUUCUAGAACUCCAAAUUAAGCAACUAAAGGAUGGCAUCUUCAUCAAUCAAUCCAGGUAUUGCAAAGAAUUAUUGAAGAGAUUCGACAUGGAUAAUUGUAAGGCUAUGUCUACUCCAAUGGGAUCCAAAACUUAUGUUGAUCAAGAUGAAUUGGGUGUUUCAAUUGAUAUCACAAAGUAUCGAGGUAUGAUUGGCUCAUUGUUAUAUUUGACGGUAAUCCGUCCUGACAUAAUAUUUAGUGUUUGUUUAUGUGCACGCUUUCAAGAAAAUACAAAAGAAUUACAUCUCAUCGCCGUUAAAAGGAUCAUGAUGUAUCUCAAAGGGACAACAAACGUUAGACUAUGGUAUCUUAAAGGUAGUAUUUGCAAUUUAGUUGGUUAUUUUGACGCUGAUUAUGCAGGAAGUAAAACUGAUAGAAAGAGCACUAGUCAUACAUGUCACAUUCUUGGAAAUGCAUUAGUAUCGUGGGCUUGCAAGAAACAAGCAUGUGUUUCUCUCAGCACUGCCAAAGCGGAAUACAUAGCAGCAGGUAGUUGUUGUGCUCAAAUAAUGUGGCUUAAGCAACAACUUCGCGACUACGGAAUCGAUCUUGGAUGCAUUCCUUUAUGA